AUGUUUUCAAGUCGAUACAAACAACCAAAUACUCUACAGCGAAUGUCUCUCAUUCGACUCGGGAAUUGGAUCGCUCAGCAUGCAGAACUACACAUGACUUCAGUAACUAUUCAAGCUCAAUAUAAUCCUCAAGAGGCUCAAGCAACUUUAGCAAAUAAGGUCGAUCACAUUCGAAAGUACUUAGAUUUUCAUGUACCGUGGAUGUUACACGAUCAACUUGUUAAUGAAGCAAUAAAUUCCCUCAAUCAACUCUUAGACAAAACUAAAAAUUCUAUGGGAUUUAGAGCAUCAAUGUCAACAUUUAUUGCUAAAAUGAAUGUUAUUGUUAAAAUGACGGAGACCCUAUUCACAAAAAACCUUACGUACGUCUCUAUCGACGUGAUACCGAAAAUGAUACGUACUAUAUUUUAUACAAAACUAUACAUGCUAACAGGUUUAGUAUACCUAAAUUUAGGUUCAUUAUCAGGAGGAUGGAAAACAGCAGACAUGGAAGCAUCUAUGAUAAAAUCAAUAAAGGAAUUACACGCGCUAAAGUAUCUUUAUAUAAAUUAUGACUGCACUGACAAAAUAUUAAAAUGUAUUGUUGAGAGCUGCACAAAACUAGAGAAAUUAGAUGUCUCUUGUUCAAAAUGUAUAACGAAUGAAAGUAUAGAUAUAAUAUGUAAAUUGAAGAGGUUAAAAAGUAUACAGUUGUAUCAGACAUUCGUUACCUGGGAAGGUUUUGUAAACCUACUAAUUAAUUGCAAAACGUUGGAAGAUAUUGGAAGAUGUGACGAAGUUGGAAGAGUUUUAGAAUUUAUACAUAAAAAUUGCCCAGAAGCAUUACCAUUUAAUUUAAAAAUAUUUGUAAGUCGAUAUGCUAACAGUAAACAUCUACAACUGGCUGUUGAUACAUGCCCUGACAUAUUUAAUAUGACUGUAUUUCAUAACACAUUGCAAAGUGAUUUAUUAGUGCUUAUUGGAUUGAAAAACCUCUCUAAACUCAAGUUAUUAUCUUGCGAUUUUUAUGCAGAUCAAAUAAAGCAAGUGUUACAAGUAAAGGGUUGCAAUUUGUCUUAUUUACAUUUGGAACAUGUGGAUCAAAUAGACUUGAACGCCUUGAUGUACAUAAGUCAAAUGUGCCCACUAUUACAUACUUUAACAUUUUAUAACUGUUCACUUAUUCAACAUACAUCUUUGUAUACCAAAACAUUAGACAUUUUACCAUUUAGGAAUUUAAGAAAACUUACUUGUGUAUCUGGAUUUUCUGAUGAGCAAUUGUUAUUUUUACUAAGUAAUUGUAUUAAUAUUGAGUUUAUUCAAAUAGGCACAGCUGUUCAGUUAACUGAUGAAUUUAUUAUGAUGUUAUUAGAAAAAAAUCCUUUAAUUUAUCUUAAAGAACUAAGAAUAAUGCAAUCAGAUUUUCUUACCAUUGCAUCAAUAGAACAAAUAAUUCAAAAUUGCAUAAGUUUGGAAAUUUUAGUAGAAUUAGAAAGCUGGUCCAUGUUGUCAGACAGUGACAGAGAUUAUAUAAAAAAUUAUAUAAAAGUCAAUAACUACAACAUUGAUACUGCACCCAUAAGUUCACCCAUAAGAAGAUAUAAAUAA